UCUGCGGAUUGGGCCGAGAAUUACCUAACUUCUUGGAUCACUUUCCAUCUAGAGAGAGAGAGAGAGAUAGCUAUAACUUGUCUCCGCUAAUUCCUCUUCCUCUGUCUUCCUCCGUAUCCAUUUCGAAUCUGGACGAGAGUUGAGAUUCUGAGCUCCAUUUGACGGAAGAAAAUGAAGGUGAUCGAGAAGAUUCAGUCGCUGGCGGAGGAAGGCAAGACGGCCUUCUCCUUCGAGUUUUUCCCGCCCAAGACGGAGGAUGGAGUCGACAACCUCUUCGAGAGGAUGGAUCGUAUGGUCGCUUACGGACCAACCUUCUGCGACAUCACCUGGGGAGCUGGCGGAUCCACCGCCGAUCUCACCCUCGACAUCGCCAACAAGAUGCAGAACGUCGUCUGCGUCGAGACCAUGAUGCAUCUCACCUGCACCAACAUGCCCGUCGAGAAGAUCGACCACGCCCUCGAGACCAUCAGAUCCAACGGUAUCCAGAACGUGUUGGCUCUCAGGGGAGAUCCCCCUCACGGCCAGGAUAAGUUCGUCCAGGUCGAAGGCGGAUUUGCUUGCGCUCUGGAUCUGGUGAAGCACAUUCGCAACAAGUAUGGCGAUUACUUUGGCAUCACCGUUGCUGGGUAUCCUGAGGCGCAUCCCGAUGUUAUCGGACCUGAUGGCCUUGCUUCUGCUGAGGCUUAUCAGAGCGAUCUUGCUUACCUGAAGAGAAAGGUUGAUGCAGGAGCUGAUCUGAUUGUCACUCAGCUUUUCUAUGAUACUGAUAUCUUCCUUAAAUUUGUGAGUGACUGUCGGCAAAUUGGGAUAAAUUGCCCCAUUGUUCCUGGAAUCAUGCCCAUUAACAACUACAAGGGCUUCAUCCGAAUGACCGGUUUCUGCAAGACCAAGAUACCAGCUGAGAUCACUGCAGCCUUAGAACCUAUCAAGGAUAAUGAGGAAGCAGUGAGAUCCUAUGGUGUCCACCUUGGUACAGAAAUGUGUAAGAAGGUUCUGGCUCAUGGGAUUAAGACUCUUCAUCUCUACACAUUGAACAUGGAGAAGUCAGCUCUUGGGAUAUUAAUGAAUCUUGGUUUGAUCGAUGAAUCCAAAAUUUCUCGCACCUUACCUUGGAGACGUCCUGCAAAUGUUUUCCGUACUAAGGAAGAUGUUCGUCCAAUAUUCUGGGCAAACCGCCCUAAGAGUUACAUAUCUAGAACCAUGGGCUGGGAUGACUUCCCACAUGGUCGGUGGGGUGAUUCCCGUAGUGCAUCUUAUGGGACUCUCUCAGAUUAUCAGUUCAUGCGCCCUCGAGCUCGUGACAAGAGGCUUCACCAGGAAUGGGUUGUCCCUCUGAAAAGUAUCGAAGAUAUUCUGGAGAAAUUCAAGGAGUUCUGCCUGGGAAGCUUAAGAAGCAAUCCCUGGUCUGAAUUGGACGGGCUCCAGCCAGAGACAAAGAUCAUAAACGAGCAGCUGGGAAAACUCAACUCCAAGGGCUUCUUGACAAUCAACAGCCAACCGUCUAUCAAUGGAGAGAAAUCCGAUUCCCCGACUGUUGGAUGGGGUGGUCCUGGUGGAUACGUCUACCAGAAGGCAUACCUAGAAUUCUUCUGUUCAAAGGAUAAGUUAAACACAUUGGUAGAGAAAUGCAAAGGGUACCCAUCUAUCACCUACAUGGCGACGAGCAAAGACGGGAACUGGGUUUCAAACAUCGGGCAAUCUGACAUUAAUGCCGUCACUUGGGGAGUCUUCCCAGCUAAGGAGAUCAUCCAGCCGACCAUCGUUGAUCCUGCCAGCUUCAAAAUCUGGAAGGAUGAAGCUUUUGAAACAUGGUCGAGAAGCUGGGCUAGCUUGUACCCAGAAGACGAUCCCUCCAGAAAGUUGCUCGAGGAGGUGAAGAACAGCUACUAUUUGGUAAGCUUGGUGGACAAUGACUACAUCCAUGGCGACAUAUUCGCUGUCUUUGCCGAUGUCUGAUUGCCCGAUAGACAGUUUCUAAGUUAUAGAGAGAACAUUCAGUUUCCGUACGCUGCUUUCGUGAAUUGGGUUUUGUACCUUCGAAUACAUUUGGGGUUUUGUGUCUUCUUCUUGUUAUAUCAGAGCAUCACAUUGAUUUUCAAUAAACUUCCUUUUUUUUUUUUAUA